AUAAAUGCAUACUCACAUUUAUCAAACAUUUUCCAUCAUUUAACUAUACUUUAUUCCGCCACCCACAAACAGAAAAAAACCAAGUUUGUCACUCUCAUUCACACUCACUCAGACACACCACACACACAGACACAGUGAUGAACAAACGGUGAUGCACACUGCGCACCCCUCACUCAACAACUCAUAACCUCUUAAUUACUUUCACUAAUCAACACUAAUCUUAACCUAAUCACUUUCACCACCGCUAAACUAACUACUAGAUCUCGAUCUCCGAUGCCGUCACGGUGGCGGUCGUUGCUUCUGUUCCUCCUCUCGGUGACGGUUACUUACGCAAUGCAGGUUCCGGCCACCUUUUCCACGAAGCUGGUUCACCGAUUCUCCCAAGAAAUGAAACCGGUUCGGGUUCAGACCGGUGACUGGCCGGACCGGCGCAGCAUGCAGUACUACCAGAGGCUUCUUAGAAACGACUUUGUUAGGCAUAAAGUUAACAUCGGUGGUGCUCGGCACCAGCUUCUGUUCCCUUCUCAGGGUAGCAAAACGAUGUCGUUUGGAAACGACUUAGCAUGGUUACAUUAUACGUGGAUUGAUAUAGGGACACCGAGUACUUCGUUCCUUGUUGCAUUGGAUGCUGGAAGUGAUCUUCUUUGGGUUCCUUGUGAUUGCAUACAGUGUGCUCCAUUGUCUGCCAGUUUCUAUGCCAGUUUGGAUAGAGAUCUGAAUGAGUAUAGCCCCUCUAGUUCGUUAUCCAGCAAGCAUCUAUCUUGCAGCCAUCGGUUAUGUGAUAUGGGUUCAAAUUGUAAAACUUCCAAGCAGCAGUGUCCAUAUACUAUCAAUUACACGUCAGAGAAUACAUCAAGUUCUGGGUUGUUAGUUGAGGAUAUAUUGCAUCUUCAAUCCGGCGAUGGCGGUGGCAGCUCAUCUAACUCUUCUGUUCAGGCUUCAGUUGUUGUCGGGUGUGGUAUGAAGCAAAGUGGUGAGUAUUUGAAUGGCAAUGCUCCGGAUGGUGUUAUUGGUUUGGGACCUGGGGAGAGUUCAGUUCCGAGUUUUCUUGCUAAAUCAGGAUUAAUCCGUGAUUCUUUUUCAUUGUGCUUUAAUGAAGAUGAUUCCGGUAGAUUAUUUUUUGGUGAUCAGGGAUCAACCGUGCAACAGUCUACUCCAUUCUUGCCCUUGGAUGGAAUAUUUUCAACCUACAUUGUUGGAGUGGAGGCCUUUUGUAUUGGGAAUUCGUGUCCUAAAGUAACAAGUUUUAAUGCUCAGUUUGAUAGUGGAACAUCAUUUACGUUUCUUCCGGGUCAUGCAUAUGAAGCAAUAGCUAAGGAGUUUGACAAACAAGUGAAUGCUACAAGAUCAACCUUUCAAGGAGCUCCUUGGGAAUUUUGUUAUGUACCCAGUUCGCAACAACAGCUGCCUAAGGUUCCCACAUUGACACUCAUGUUCCAACAGAAUAACAGUUUUGUGGUCUAUAAUCCUGUGUUUGUAUUUUACAACGAACAGGGAAUCGAUGGAUUUUGUUUAGCAAUACAGCCAACCGAUGGGGAUAUGGGAACAAUUGGACAAAAUUUCAUGACGGGAUACCGGUUAGUAUUUGAUAGGGAAAACAAGAAGCUAGCAUGGUCACGCUCAAAUUGUCAGGAUCUCAGUCUUGGCAAGAAGAUGCCCCUCUCCCCUCCUAACAAGACAUCGUCAAACCCGCUUCCUGCAGAUGAGCAGCAAAGAAUCAAAGGGCAUGCAGUUGCUCCAGCUGUUGCUGGAAAGGCUCCUCAAAAUUCUUCAGUUGUUUCAUCUCAGACAUCUCAGAUGAUUUCAUACUGGCAACAUUGGCACUGCUAUUGGCUGCUUCUAUUUCUUCUUCUGUUAGCCUUUUAUUGAGACUUUCACGCACGUAGUAUUUCUAGUAGCCUGUCUAAAAGUGUUAAAUGUGUAUCUAAAUCUGCCUGUUUUGUCCUAGGUUUGUAAGUAUGUUAGAUCUUACACCCUUCUAUGCUGCCCGUUGUUUUUAACAGUCAGCAUUAGAUUCCUAGAACUCGUAGUGAAACAUUUCUCUUUAACGCCCAUAGGUCGGGUGAGGUUAUGUAAAUUAAUUCGCUUGGUAUGAAGGUUUUUUUUCUUAUUAGAAAUUUUAAUCCAUUUUUUUAUGAAACCAUUUUUAUCAUGUCCCUUAAAAUAUUUGUGAACCGAAAUACUUGUACCACUAGCAUUUCAGAUGCUUUCAAGUUUUCUAGUCGUUUCAACGAGAAAUAGUUCUAGUUAUGAAAACAGGUUGGUAGGAUCAUGGUGUAGAAACAAAUAAAAAUAGGAGAAAUAUACACAAAUUUUAAUAAUGACAAUAGGUUUUUUUUACUAAACAACACCAUGCUUCCUACGAACUCGUUUUCGUAUCUACAGCUAUUUCAUGUUGUCGAUACUGUUUUUAAAAGAGGUGUUUUGUUUGAAUAUAUGUUGGUGUUGUUGCAUUGUAUGUGUAAAUGUUGGAUCAUUGAAAAGGGAAGAAAUUAGAUAUUAAGAAUCCUAACACAAUAAGUACCAAGUAAAGUUAUUCAAACUCUUCAAUGAACUCUCACUUUCUAGUGAAAUCUCCUUUAAACUUGUCUCUCAAUACCUACAACCUGUUAGGCCUUUUGUUGUAGCU